GUCCCCGUCCCCGGAACUGGUCCCCGUCAACACUCAGGCCCGCCUCCAGGCCUGGUACCGCCCACAGCCCCGCUCAAGAGCUAGUUCCGCCCCCAACCCUGCCACAGACCCGCGCCAGGACGACCCUGCCUCCGCGGCUGUCCCUAACCAGGGCCCAACCUGGUUCUAUUAAUAACUAAGCAAACUAGAACACCUCAGCCGGAGGCUGGGGUGCGCGGCCGCUGCACCUGCAGCCUGAACCCGGGGUUCCUGACACGCCGCAUUUUGGGCUGGGACCAGCUGGAGCCGGAAGCGGAGGUGCAGUGUGGCUAGCCGGAGACCGGAAGCGGAAGCGCGUUUGUGUCUUGUGAGAAGAGCCGCGCUUGCAGCGUCUGGGAGAAUCUUUCGGUCUCCGCGAGAGGUGCUUCGUUCCACGAAAAAAGUGUAAUUCAAGCUCAGAUUUGUGUUGAAACCAGCCUCAAGGUUCACCUAUCCUCACUGAUCCGUGGACUUCUGUAUGAUCAGAGUGCUGUCCUGAGAGCGCUGCGGGAUAAAGGAGGAGCGUCCUGCUUCCCGGCUGCCCUGUUGCUGUCGGAGUCACAGGAUGGCGGCUGUCGUCCUGCCCCCAACUGCCGCUCCAUCUUCCCUGUUUCCAGCCUCUCAGCGAGAAGGACACACAGAGGGCGGAGAGCUGGUUAAUGAGCUCCUGAGAAGCUGGCUAAAGGGCUUGGUGACCUUCGAGGAUGUGGCCGUGGAGUUCACCCAGGAGGAGUGGGCGUUGCUGGACCCUGCUCAAAGGACACUGUACAGGGACGUGAUGCUGGAGAACUGCAGGAACCUGGCCUCACUGGGGAACCAAGUUGAUAAACCUAGUCUGAUCUCCCAGCUGGAGCAAGAAGAUAAAGUGAUGACAGAAGAGAGAGGAAUUCUCUCAGGUACCUGUCCAGAUGUGGAGAAUCCAUUUAAAGCCAAAGGGUUAACUCCUAAGCUGCAUGUUUUUCAAAAAGAACAAUCUAGAAAUAUGAAAAUGGAGAGGAAUCAUCUUGGAGCAACACUCAACGAAUGUAAUCAGUGUUUUAAAGUCUUCAGCACAAAAUCUUCCCUUACGCGGCACAGGAAGAUUCAUACUGGAGAAAGACCCUAUGGCUGCAGUGAAUGUGGGAAAUCCUACAGCAGUAGAUCUUACCUUGCUGUUCAUAAGAGAAUCCACGAUGGGGAGAAACCCUAUGAAUGCAAUGACUGUGGGAAAACCUUCAGCAGCAGAUCUUACCUUACUGUUCAUAAGAGAAUCCACAAUGGGGAGAAACCCUACGAAUGCAGUGACUGUGGGAAAACCUUCAGCAAUUCCUCAUACCUCAGACCGCACUUGAGAAUUCACACUGGAGAAAAACCCUACAAAUGUAACCAGUGUUUUCGUGAGUUCCGCACUCAGUCAAUCUUCACAAGGCACAAGAGAGUUCAUACGGGGGAGGGUCAUUAUGUAUGUAAUCAGUGUGGAAAGGCUUUCGGCACAAGGUCAUCUCUUUCUUUGCACUAUAGCAUUCAUACAGGGGAGUACCCUUACGAAUGCCACGAUUGUGGGAGAACCUUCAGGAGGAGGUCGAAUCUGACACAGCACAUAAGAACUCAUACUGGAGAAAAACCCUACACAUGUAAUGAGUGUGGGAAAUCCUUUACCAAUAGCUUUUCUCUUACAAUUCACAGGAGACUACAUAAUGGAGAGAAAUCCUAUGAGUGCAGUGAUUGUGGAAAAUCCUUUAAUGUUCUCUCGUCCGUUAAGAAACACAUGAGAACUCACACUGGAAAAAAACCCUAUGAAUGUAAUUAUUGCAGGAAAUCCUUCACAAGUAAGUCCUACCUUUCUGUGCAUACGAAAAUGCAUAAUAGGCAAAUGUGAAUUCAAUAACUGUGGGAAAAGCAUUCAUUGAUCUUUCAUGCCUCAGAUAAAAUGAGCGAACUCUAACCAGAUGUAUGAAUCACCUGCUACUGUGUAACAAAUUACCCCCCAAAAUUUUGUGGCUUCAAACAAAAACACUUGUUAUCUCACAAUUUUUGUAGGUCAGGAAUUCAGAAACAACAUAGCUCUAUAGUUCUUCAGGAUCUCUCAAGAGGUUACAGUCCAGAUGUCAGCAGAACCGUAAUCAUCCAGAAUUUUUACUGGUGAAGGGACACUUCCAAAUGGCUUACUCACAAGCCCGACAAGUGCAUGCUAGCUGUUUCCAAGGGACCUGCGCUUCCAAAUCACGUAAGCCUCUCAACAGGGCUGAGUUUCUUUAUGGAAGCAACUUCUUCCCAAAGCCAGUGAUCUAAAGGAGCCAACACAGAAAGCAUAAUGUCUUUUAUGACCUAGCUUCAGUGAGAUAUGUUUUCAUGUCCCUGUUACAUUGGUCAUACACACCAAUCCUGAUACAAUGUGGAACAACACCACAAGAGGUAUGAACAGUAGACAUUCGGAACCAUCUGGAAAACUUGCCACGAAAUCAGUGGAGGAAAGCCUUCAGCUGACCCUCAUUUUUUUUUUUUUAAGACAAUGUCUCACUCUGUCACCCAGUCUGGAGCGCAGUGGUGUGAUCACAGUUCACUGCAGCCUCUACUUCCUGGGAUCAAGUAAUUCUCCUGCCCCAGCCUCCAAUGUAGCUGGGACUACAGGUGCAUGACACCAUGUCUGGCUAAUUUGUUUUUUUUUUAACUAGAGGGAGGGUUUUGCCAUGUUGCCCAGACUAGUCUCAAACUCCUAGGUUCAAGCAGUCCUUUCAUCUUGGCCUCCAGAAGUACUGGGAUUACAGGCAUGAACCACCAUGCCCAGCCACCUUCUAAUCUGAUCAAUAUGGGAGUAGCAUUCAGUCACCCACAGGUUAACUCACUCUAGAGAGAAAUCUUGUGAGUGUAAUCUGUAUGGUAAAACUUUGAGCUCAAACUUUCCCCCUACCAAAAAAAAAGUAUCUACUGGGGAGCUGCCCAGGUAAUGCAGUAGCUGUAGGAAAGCCUUCAGUGAUGGCUUCAGGGAGUCACAUGACAACUCACAAUAAGGGGAAACCCUGUGUGUGGCAUCAAAAAUGGAAAACCAUUCAGGGGACACUCAUUCCUUAAGUCACAUUUCGGAGAUCAUACAACAGAGGAAUAUGUUGAGUAUACACAGUGUUGAAAACCCUAUGACACAAACAGUCAUAUUACCAAGCACAAGACAGUAUAGUUUGGUACGCUAUAAAAGCCUUGAAUAUUCUCUCCAUUUUUAGGAAGUGAGAGUCAUACUAGAAAAACCAUUGAAUUCCAUCAGUAUUAGAAUGUCAUUUUUCCACAUUUUUUAGGAACCUAAGUCAGUGUAAGAUAACAAUUUAUUCAAUUUAUUUUUUGAGACAGGGUUUCAUCUGUGCCCAGGCUGUAGUGCAGUGGUGCAAUCUUGGCUUACUGUAACCUCUGCCUCCCAGGCUCAAGGGAUCCUCCCACCUCAGCCUCCCAAGUAGCUGGGACUGUAGGCAUGCACCACCAUGCCUGUCUAGUUUUUGUAAAGAUGGGGAUUCACCAUGUUUCCCAGGCUGCUCUCAAACUCCUGGGCUCAAGUGAUCCACCUGCCUCAGCCUCCCAAAAUGCUGGGGAUACAGGAACAAGCUACCACUCUCAGCCAGAACUUCUUAAGAUAAAGGAUGAGGGAAUGUUUUCAGUGAUACCUCUCAUAUUAGGAAAAAUAUGUAAAUGUUCCUUGGAUGCAAUACUCACGAGUGUAUUAAUUUCAGAAAAAUUUUCAGUGAUUCCUCCCUUUAUGCAUGAGAGAAUUCAUUUAGAGGAAGCCCUAGGAACGUAAUCAAUGUUAGGAUGCCUCAUCUCUCAACUGAGUGGCCACACAGUAACUUAGAACAAAAGGUGUAAGUGCUAUGAAUGUGGAAUUACCUUCAUCAAUGUCUCAUUUGUAGGUUGGGCCACUAGCUCAUUCAUUUUCAGUCUUUUAAUAUAAACAUUUAUGGCUAUAGCGGUCCUGAAAAUCUUACUACCUCGUUUUAUAUACAGUAUAUUUAUUAUAAUUCUAAAACAUCAAUACACCAAAUAUUCAGAAAGGUAUUUCCAAACAGCUCCUGAGUGAUCUAGUUUGUUAUAAUAGAAAUUAGACAAUAUUUGCCAGGCGUGGUGGCUCACACCUAUAAACCUAGCAUUUUGGGAGGCUGAGGCAGGCGGAUCACCGGAGGUAAGGAGCUUGAGACCAGCCUGGCCAACAUGGUGAAACCUCGCUUCUACUAAAAAAUACAAAAAUUAGCCGGGCGUGGUGGCAGGCAUCUAUAAUCCCAGCUACUCAAGAGGCUGAGGAAGGAGAAUCACUUGAACCUGGGAAGUGGAGGUUGCAGUGAGCCAAGAUCAUGCCACUUCACUCCAGCCUGGGCAAAAGAGUGCAACUCUGUCUCAAAAAAAAAAAAAAAUUAGACAAUAUUUGAUAUAUUUUUUUCUAAUUUAAUAGUAUUUUGUCAGAGUACAUGGACUUUGUGAUUUUGGUUGUUUUCUCUUUGUGUCCUAAUACAGCAAAUACUGUUUCUUUUUUUUGAGACGGAGUCUUGCUCUGUUGUCCAGGCUAGAAUGCAGUGGCGGGAUUGUGGCUCACUGCAAGCUCCGCCUCCCAGAUUCACGCCAUCCUCCUGCCUCAGCCUCCCGAGUAGCUGGGACUACAGGUGCCUGUCACCAUGCCUGGCUAAUUUUUCAUAUUUUUAGUAGAGAUGGGGUUUCACUGUGUUAGCCAGUAUGGUCUCAAUCUCCUGACCUCGUGAUCCACCCGCCUCGGCCUCCCAAAGCACUGGGAUUACAGCCGUGAGCCACCAUGCCCGGUGCAAAUACUGUUUCUUAAUGUUCAUUCUCCCUACUUAAAGAAAAAGAUAAGUUGUCAAUGAGCAGUAUUGAAAAUGUACAGUGGGGCCAGGCGCCAUGGCUCAUGCCUGUAAUCCCAGCACUUUGGGAGGCCGAGGCAGGCGGAUCACCUGAGGUCAGGAGUUCAAGACCAGCUUGGCCAACAUGGUGAAACCUCGUCUCUACUAAAAAAAAAAUACAAAAAUUAGCUGGGCGUGAUGACAGGUGCCUGUAAUCCCAGCUACUUGGGAGGCUGAGGCAGGAGAAUCGCUUGAGCCUGGGAAGUGGAGGUUGCAGUGAGCCGAGAUCGCACAACCACACUCCAGCUUGGGCGACAGAGUGAGACUCCAUCUCAAAAAAAGAUGUACAGUGUACUAGGCUCUCCUGAAGCUUAGGCUUUAUCCCACUCUGCUGGCUAAAAGAAGUAGGAAUAACGCAUUGGGUGAGACACUGUCUGGCUUAUUCUUAUCUAUUUUCUUUUCAUUCUUUCUUUUGGAAAGUGGACACAAAGCAUAGAGUUAAAAGAGCUUUUUUUUUUUUUCACUGUGAUGAUAAAAACCACAGUGUAGGGGCUGGGCGUGGUGGCUCACGCCUGUAAUCCCAGCACUUUGGGAGGCCGAGGCAGGGGGAUCACCUGAGGUGGGGAGUUCGAGACCAGCCUGAUCAUGAAGAAACCCUGUCUCUCCUAAAAAUACAAAAUUAACCGAGCAUGUUGGCGCAUGCCGGUAAUCUCAGCUACUUGGAAGGCUGAGGCAGGAGAAUCACUUCAAACUGGGCAGAGGUUGCCGUGAGCCAAGGUUGACCCACUGCACUCCAGCCUGGGCAACAAGAGCAAAACUCCAUCUCAAAAAAAAAAAAAAAAAGAAACAGUGCCGAAAAAUCACAAUGA